CCUUCCGGCGCGGGGAGGCCGCUCAGCGUUGGGACCGCUGGGCCGCAGGCCGCCGCCAGCGCCGCGGGAUGUAGCGCGGGGGACCGCGGCCCCCAGCACCGCCCGCCCGGCCUUUAGAAGACCAAGCUGGACAGUGGACUUUGCUCACUAGGAUGACAUGAUCUCCACUGCCCUCCAGUUGUCUGCCAUCAUAGGGAGAUCUCUGCCCCUUGGGGCUGAGGGACCCCAACCUUCCCCCAAGCUGAAGCUGCAAGGUAUUAAGGUACCAGCCAGAUGUCUUCCCACAAAGGAUCGGUGGCAGCACAGGGCACUGGGACUCCUGCCAGUAACAGGGAAACUGACACAGUGGAACUGGCUGAACUGGGACCUCUUCUAGAAGAGAAAGGCAAGCGGGUAAUUGCCAACCCAACCAAAGCUGAAGAUGAGCAAACAUGCCCAGUGCCCCAAGAAGAGGAGGAGGAGGUGCGGGUGCUGACACUCCCUCUGCAGGCCCACCAUGCCAUGGAGAAGAUGGAGGAGUUUGUGUAUAAGGUCUGGGAGGGGCGUUGGAGGGUCAUCCCAUAUGAUGUGCUCCCUGACUGGCUGAAGGACAAUGACUACCUGUUACAUGGCCACCGGCCACCCAUGCCCUCCUUCCGGGCUUGCUUCAAGAGCAUCUUCCGCAUCCAUACAGAAACUGGCAACAUCUGGACCCAUCUACUUGGUUUUGUGCUCUUUCUCUUUUUGGGAAUCCUGACCAUGCUCCGACCAAAUAUGUACUUCAUGGCCCCUCUACAGGAGAAGGUGGUUUUUGGAAUGUUCUUUUUGGGUGCAGUGCUCUGCCUCAGCUUCUCCUGGCUCUUUCACACCGUCUAUUGUCAUUCAGAGAAAGUCUCACGGACUUUUUCCAAACUGGACUAUUCAGGGAUCGCUCUGCUGAUUAUGGGGAGCUUUGUCCCCUGGCUGUAUUAUUCCUUCUACUGCUCCCCACAGCCUCGGCUCAUCUACCUCUCCAUUGUCUGUGUCCUGGGCAUUUCUGCCAUCAUUGUAGCACAGUGGGACCGGUUCGCCACUCCUAAGCACCGGCAGACAAGGGCAGGAGUGUUCCUGGGACUUGGCUUGAGUGGUGUUGUGCCCACUAUGCACUUUACAAUCGCUGAGGGCUUUGUCAAGGCCACCACAGUGGGCCAGAUGGGCUGGUUCUUCCUCAUGGCUGUGAUGUACAUCGCUGGCGCUGGCCUUUAUGCUGCUCGUAUUCCUGAGCGCUUCUUUCCCGGAAAAUUUGACAUAUGGUUCCAGUCUCAUCAGAUUUUCCAUGUCCUGGUGGUUGCAGCAGCCUUUGUCCACUUCUACGGGGUCUCCAACCUGCAGGAAUUCCGUUACGGCCUAGAGGGUGGCUGUACUGAUGACUCCCUGCUCUGAGCCUUCCCACUUGCAUGGUGGAGGAGCAACUUCCCAAGUGCUUUUAAAGACAACUUCUUUGCUGAAGUGAGAGGAAGACUCUGAGUUGUCUGUUUCUAGAAGAAACCUCUUAGAGAAUUCAGUACCAAUCAAGCGUCAGCUCACUGACAGCCACUGGGCAACAGACUUUCCAUUUCCAUUCCCCACCUAGGGAGGGUGCAGAGGGCCAACCUAGUCACUCCUCUACUCCAUAGUCACCCUCCUCGGCAAAGCAGCUACUUACUGGUCCCUCCAGAGACAGUACUUCGAAGCUCAUGUUGAGAUUUUACCCCCUCCUCCAACCAUUUUGGGAAAAAUUAGGGACUGGGACACUUCAGAAAUUUUUUUUUUUUCUGAAAGAAAAAUGUCCCUCCCUUGCCCCCGUCCUUACUUUGUAACCAGCCUUAUAACAGGCCAUCCAUUUUUGUAGCUCACUUUUCAAAAACAAUUAUAACCUGGUCCCAUCUUUCUAGGGCCUAGAUCUGCUUUACACAGCAGGAAGAAUAAAGCCAACAACUUUUACAUAGCCCGGCUAAUCAUGGAAGUGUGUCCAGGCUUCAGAUAACUUGAGUUUUAAUUUUUUUUUUCCCUUGGCAGAGUAAUGUAAAAUUAAAAUGGGAAAAGAUAUUUAAUAUUUAAUACUAAGCUUUAAAAAGAAACCUGCUAUCAUUACUAUGUAUCUUGAUGCAAAGACUGAUAAUAAUAAAAGAAAGUAUAGAAGACA